AUGACGCUCCAGUUCCAGGCUCGCUUCAACGGCGCCGUUCUCAUGGAUAACACACGCGUCGAGGCUGUGAUGCCCCAGCCCGGCAGAGGCGUAACGAUUGAAACGUCUCAAGGCGUCUAUCACGCUCGCAAGGUCAUCAUUGCUGCUGAUGCAUGGACGAACAAGCUCCCCAUCACCGUCAUACAGGCAGAGAGCGUACAUGGCAACGAGCUCAGCCGAUUUCUGUGUAGGCUUAUUCCCAAGCGAGGCGAUGAGCUGAGAGCCGUCACCUGCCAAUACACAAUCACCCCGGAUCGACAGUUUAUCAUCAGCGAGUUAGAGAAGCACAAGGGUCUUAUUCUCGCUCUCGGUAAUGCACAUGCCUUCAAACUUGCUCCCGCUAUCGGUCGACUUACUGCUGAGCUUGCAUUGGAUGGAAAAACAACUGAUGACAUCUCAAAGUUUGGGUUUCCCAACACAACACCCAGCAAGCUGUAG